GUCUUCGCAAUUCAAUUCCCCUUUCCGCCGAAAACAGGAAAAAUCCAAAACCAAUUCAAUCGCUUGAGCUGAAAAUUUUCCUGAAUUUUUCAAUUUAUUUAUUUUUUUCCAGUUGAAUUUCCAGCUCGAUCGGUUUCCUAUUUAUAGAAAAGAAAAGGGAGAUUUUGUAAAUUGGAAGGGAAAGCUGUUGGUGUCAAUCGGUUUGCCGACUGGUAGAUUGGCCGAUUCGAGGGAAGGGGGGGAAAAUUAGGUAUUGGCUUUAGAUGGCGAUAUUGUAUGCGCUGGUGGCUCGGGGAUCGGUGGUGCUGGCGGAGUUCAGUGCGGCAGCCACCAACGCUAGCGCGAUCGCUAGGCAGAUACUGGAGAAGAUACCGGGAAACAACGACAGUAAUGUUUCUUAUUCUCAAGAUCGAUAUAUCUUCCAUGUGAAGCGCACCGAUGGCCUCACCGUUCUCUGUAUGGCUGAUGACACCGCCGGAAGGAGAAUUCCUUUUGCAUUUCUUGAAGAUAUUCAUCAGCGAUUUGUGAGAACCUAUGGUCGUGCAGUCUUCUCAGCUGUUCCUUAUGGCAUGAAUGAUGAAUUUUCAAGAGUUCUGAGCCAGCAAAUGGAAUAUUACUCAAGUGACCCAAAUGCAGAUAGGAUAAAUCGACUAAAAGGUGAAAUGAGUCAGGUGCGUAAUGUCAUGAUAGAGAAUAUUGACAAAGUUUUAGAGAGAGGUGAUCGUUUAGAAUUGCUGGUUGAUAAAACUGCCAACAUGCAAGGAAAUACAUUUCGCUUCAGAAAGCAAGCACGUCGUUUCAGAAAUACAGUAUGGUGGAGAAAUGUCAAGCUCACGUAUGUUCUAUUUACUUCACUUUUUAUGUGAUUGUUUGCAUUGGAAUAAUCUUCAAAAUGCUGUUACUUUGAAUGCAUGGAACCAUCAAUAGUAAUAUAGCAUAUGCGAGUUGUAGUGUUGUACUAUUAAAUGACAAAGGUUUUCUUAUCAUUCCCAAAAUAAGGAGUAAAAUUUAUUUUUCCUACCAACAUUAGGGUCGAUUUCUGUAGAAAGUGGAAAUUCAUCUAAAUUGAAUGAGGGAUGAUGGAGAGAUAGGGGGAAAGAAGAAUAAAUGAUUGGAAGAACAAUUCUUCCCAUGCCCUGCCUAGUAAAAAAGCUCAGUUAGAUGGUUGGCUUAAACUGUAAGUGGAUGGAUUUCUUGCCAACUGACUUGCUUUUCACAUUUCAGGGUGGGGCUGAUCCUCCUCCUCCUUGUGAUUGCUUAUGUUGUGCUGGCUUUUGUCUGCCAUGGGAUUACACUACCGAAGUGCAUAAAAUGAGGUCUAUUGUUCAAAUGAGAUCUAAAGGCCCAGCCACUUCACAGAUUUCUCCCUUAUUUUCAUUUUCCUUUUUCUUUUCUUUUCUUUUCUUUUUUGGUCCUUUCUAGCUACAUGUGUUUUUUUUUUUGUUUCAAUUCCUCUGCUGUGAGUUGCACCAAAGUUUUUAUUUAUUCAAUUUGAAGUUUGUUCCGCUCUUAGCGUAUUCUACAGGUUUUGCCUGCAAAAGAAAAUACUAGAACUGUGUGAGUUAGUAUGCUUGUGUAACCAUUGUUCUUGUCUGAAUGUUGAAACUGGUUCAUGUGCUUGCUAAAAUCUCUAACUGAUUUCUUGAUUUACCAU